AUGAAGUGGCUUGGGAUCCUUGGGCUGGUGGCCCUCUCAGAGUGCCUAGUCAUAAUCCCUCUAACAAAGGUGAAGACAAUGCGGGAAACCCUCAGGGAAGAAAACCUGCUGACAAAUUUCCUGGAGGAGAACACUAAUGAUACGUCCCAAAAUGACGGUCAUUUCCAGAAUAUUUAUCAUCACCCCCUGAGGAACCACCUGGAUCUGUCCUACUACGGCAGCAUCACCAUUGGAACACCCCCUCAGCACUUCAAGAUGCUGUUUGACACUGGCUCAGCUGACAUAUGGGUGCCCUCCGUUUACUGUGCCAGUCUCGCCUGCCGCCUACACAAGCGCUACAACAUUGACAUGUCCUUCAGUUUCCGAUUCUCCGGCCGGCAUGUAGACCUAGUCUACGGCUCUGGGAGGAUGGUUGGAUUUCUUGGCUAUGACACUGUUCGGAUUGGGAAACUUGUCAACGUGGUGCAGCCAUUUGGCCUGAGCCAGUACCAGUAUGGGAUGGAGCGUUCACCUUUUGAUGGCAUCCUGGGCCUGGGCUAUCCCUGCCUUGCCACCCGAGGGAGCACCCCUUUCUUCGACAACCUGAUAAGAAGAGGCCUCAUUUCUCAGCCUGUCUUUGCCUUCUACUUGAGCACCAAGAAGGAGAAUGGCAGCGUGGUGAUGUUUGGUGGGGUGGACCACAGCUACCACAAAGGACAGCUCAAAUGGAUACCAGUGUCCCGAACUCGCUUCUGGCAGGUAACUGUGAACCGCAUCAAAAUGAAUGGGUACUUUAUUGGCUGUGACCAUGGAUGCCAGGCCAUUAUGGAUACUGGGACCUCAAUGCUAGUUGGCCCAACUAGCAAGAUCAACACGGUCAAGACCUUCAUCUACACCAGGCUUGUCGAUAACGAGUGGGUGGUUCCAUGUUACUUGGUCCCCCGCAUGCCUGACAUCAUCUUCACCAUCAGUGGGAUGGACUUCCCAGUGCCCGCUAAAGCCUACAUCCAGAAGAGUCUGCGGGGCACCUGCUUCAGCGGCUUUCAAGCAGGCUCAGAGAACUUGUACCGGCCAGAGACCUGGAUCCUGGGUGACGUCUUCCUGAGGCUGUAUUUCUCGGUUUAUGAUCGAGGAAACAACAGGAUUGGCCUGGCUCCCGCAGUGUAAAUCCUGGGGCUGCUUCAGGAAUCAAUCAGGCCCACUCCAAGCACACACACUCACUCACACGUAGGGCACUCCCACGCAGGGAUGGUGGUGGACUGUGUUAGGUGCUCUGCAAAGCCCUGUUCUCAGUAAAGAA